AUGUUAUUGGUGCGACUAAUGGUCUCCCCGAUAGCAUCUUAUGGGGAAUUAAAGGAGCGUUCGGAAAUAGCGAAAUCACCGUUCAAUACUCGCACCCUUUCCUCAUUUAGGAUUGUACCUACCGAUGAAACUCCCUUUCGAAGCGUUUCCUGCACAAAACAAGCACUUAAAUCCCUUCGUGUGGGUCUGAAAAACGGGAGAGCCGAAUGUGGGGAAUUGAGAGAUCGGAGCGCCGAACGAAAGUCGAUGUUCGCGGAGUUUGGCGAUGACGUCACUGCGUUCAAGCGUCGCGACGACGAGGGACGACUGACGACGGUGACUGUGACGGCGCAGAUCGACCCCGCCGGAGCCGAGGAUGUUCCAGCGCCGGGAUACGAACACGAGAGGACGGGACGGACUGAUAAAAUCGCUGAGUUGUUCAAAAUGCGUGACACGGGACAAGCAAGCGACGAUGACAAACCUUUGCCAAGAGACACGUCCAAAAAUUCAAAAAUGUGUAGUGGCUCCAGAAUAGAGUCAGGCCCACAGCUAUUUAGAAGACUAAGCUCCAGCUCUAACUUCAUUAAUGGAAUCAACCCUGCACUGUUCCCAAAUGGUGGCCCCCUUCCUAACAAAGUCAUAGAAAUUACAGGAGAAUCACAUGUGGAAAAAACUGAUUUGGUGAUAGACUUUAUUGUGAGAUCAAUUUUGCCAUCAAGACUCAACAAAGAAUGGAGAAGUUCAGGUGUAAUUCUGAUCAACACUGAAUUCCAAAUCAAUAUUUUUAAGAUAAUUAAAGUGAUUGAAGCUCAUUUACUAGAAAACAAAGUUAAGGAAUCAAAAAUGCAUUUAAUUGAGGAGGCUCUGAAAUCUUUAAUAAUAAUAAAUUGUUAUAGCUUAGAAGAUACAGAGUUAGCAUUUUAUAACAUAGAAAAACUCUUGUUUAACAUUGAUAAAAUUAACUUAGUGAUAGUAGAUAAUAUAGCAGCAAAUUACUGGAUUGCCAAGCUGAAUAAUAACAUGUUAAGUUACUUUCAACAUUCACUGAAAAUGUUUGAAAUCAUUUUUAAUGUUAUAAGACAAUUAAAUGCAACAUUAUUGUUUGUCAGACAUGAAAACAAAGAUGUUAAGAAGGUGUUGAAAAAUGUUGAUUAUCAGAUAAAAAUAGAAUAUUCCAGUGAAAAUAAGUUUAAUUAUGUGAUUACGAAUCAUGAAGAUGAUUCCUUUUUUAAUAUAGCUGUUAAGAUAGAAAACAAUAUAUUGAGGUUCUGAUAAUUAUGUCCUAUUACAUAGACAUAUGUUUCCUGAACAUUAACAUGUGCUAUUAUAUUUCAUUCUUCAUCUGUUUUUUUUUUAUUUGCAAUGGGGUUAGGAUUCAAUUCCCUGAAAAUACAGUUGGUGCUUAGCAUUGAGACUUACUGUACAUGUAUACUCCCAGUUACAUGUACUGAGAGACAUUUCAAAUUCUUAAUGUACUUGGCACAAUCCUUUGGAUUAUGCCUCCAUCUUUUCUCUUGGUUAGUCAAUAUUACUCAGAGCAAGACAAUCAAAGGUGAUAGUUUCUUCUAUCUCUUGUUCUACACAUUAGGUGGAUUCUUUAAUUCACCGGUUGAUUCCACCACUGAUGGAUGCCCUGCUUAUGGUUGACACUGUUGACAGCUUUGUAUGGUGAUGGCAGCAACUGGUUGAAUUAAAAGGACAGAUGUCUGGUCCACCGGUGGCACCGGUUGCUCAACCGGUGAAUUAAAAAAUACACCAAAUGAGCCAAAAAAAAUCGUCCUUCGACAGCUAUUUUGUUUUUCAGCUCGUAUACGACAGAGUUGAUUUGUAGGUUCUGACAGCUUGGCAUAUGCAUAAAAUAAGACAGCUAUAAUGUGAAUUAUCAGUAUAAGUUUUUUUAUUAAUGAAAAGAAAAUACGAAACUUAUAAGGGAAGAUAGUACAAUAGGAAGAUCAGAAGUCUCUCACAAAAUAUCAUUUUGUUGCACUAUUUUGCAACAAGUCCAAAUAUUCGCCUUUCAGCUUUCCUGGUGACAUUCACUAAACGUCCUGUUGACCAGUUACCAUGGGUACUUCUAUAGCAAAAUGACAUACGCCCUUCUGGCGUGGGGCCACUCUCCCCACAUGUACAGAGUAUUUGCCCUACAGAGAAGAAUGUAUCCGAUAUAUAGCAAAUCUAAGAUAUAGAGAUCCCUGCAGAUCUGAGUUUAUCAAACUAAAGAUCAUGACUUUGCCUGGCACAUAUAUAUUGAGCUGCCUCUUGCAUGUCAAGUCAAAUCCUGACCUUUAUACAAGCCACCAUGAAACUCAUUCAUAUAAUACCCGACACCGAGACAACUUGUACCCAAAACAACAUAGACUUGCUAAAACAAGGAAUGGAGUUAACUACCAUGGCAUAAAAUUUUAUAAUAUUUUACCUAAGGAACUGAGAUCACUAGCAUACAAUAAAUUCAGUAAUGCUGUGAAAAAAUUGCUCUUGUCGGCUGCUUUUUUCACCAUUGACGAGUUCCUCAACCACAACUUCUCCAAGGAUACUCGACAGUUAUAUUUCUAGCUACAUUUCCUUUUUUUGCUACUUAUUCGAACCAUGUAUAAAAUAUCUAUUUCAUGGUAUUUAUUUAUUGAUUUUAACGUAGUUUGUAAUAAUUUUAUCUUUUAUAGUUUUAUUGACAUCCUCUUAACCAUAUUUCAGUGUGUGUAAUCUGUACUGUUUGUUAUUAUAUGUAUUGUUUGUCAUUUAUUUUCUUCUUGUAACUGAGCGCUUCUAUUAUAUUGACUUGUGUAAGCACGUUCUGUGCAAUAGCACCAAUAAACCAUUAUUAUUAUUAUUAUUAUUAUUAAUACUUGAUAUUGUUACAAACAGUUCAUUAUUUUGCAGGGUCCAUCCACAUCACAACCUGUACUCAGUACCAUCGAUUUGUCAUUCAUUGGGCCCGCUUUGUAUGCCAAAAAGAACCUACUUCGUGGUUCAUAGAGGGCCUGUUUGCCGCAAGUUCUGGGGAUUCCUCCCACUACCGGCACCCCUGCAAUGCCUUCGCAAAAACAAGUAAAUAACUACGCCCAGACAAUCACUGUUUUGUUCUGUUAUUGGCACUGGUCGAUGACCAACUGGCCAGAUCCUUAUGUUCAGUAUCAUGCUCUAAUAGAAAAUAGAACAUCCGUUACUUAAUAGUAUUUCUAUUAUAGUUACCUAGAGUAUGCGAACACAAUUGUAUUCCUGUUUUUUUUCUUACGGGUUUUUUUUUCAACCAAAACUUUUUAUUUAUUCUUUCCUUUUUUCCACUUUAGGUGUCAACGUUACCACCGUUCCACAGACCUUUCAGACUACUGUCACAUGUUAUGAGAGUUUCGUCAUUCAGAAAUUCUUAGAACAUGAAUUCUUAAACCGGUUUU